AUGCUCCCAUCCCUUUAUUCCAUUCGUAACAAUGACAAAUUCUUUUGGACUUCACUUCUCUCUCUCCUCUCUCACAUCGAUUUCUGCACGUCGGAACAAUCCAACGCCUAUCAAAGGGAAGACCGCCGCCGCACUCCCACCACAACCACAACCACCGGUAACCGUGACGUGAGCAAACAGGAGAUUCAAGCAGCCAUUGCCAAAGCGGUGGAGCUCCGAGCACUUCAUGCUGCUCUGUUACAGAGCAACAGUCCGGCACAUCUCCGGUUGCCGUCGGCGUCUCCAGUUUCACGGCAUGCGUCUCAACUCUCCGCUCAGGAUUACCCUGUUUUCACUCCUAGUUACGAUGAUGUACCGAGGAAUCAAAGUUUCCCAAGUUGUUGGGACGAAUGUAGCGUAAACGGGGGUGGCAACGACGAUCUACGGUUCUUGUCUGACUACAAGAACCCGAACACAUCGUCCAGAACACUGUUGCCACCCGAACUGCUAAACAUCCUCCCUCACACAUGUCCUUCUGACGAUCAAAACUCCGUCACCGCCUCCACCGCCAACCACGUCAACCACCUCCGCGCGUCUCCGGGAACCGAAUUCUCAAAAUCGAGAAGGAACAGUCUCGGAGACUUCCGGUCGAUUUCCUCGUGCAAUAAAUGCAAACCGGCAACACUUAGCACGAAUAAAUAUUCGAAUUUGGUCGUCCCGAUGACCGAUUCCCAUUCGUUGUUCCAAUCCCAUUCCAAGCCCAAGUCCGGAAUCAGCCUUUCGUGGUUGUUUCCGCGGUUAAACAAGAAAAAACACAAGAACGUCGAGCAGUCGCCGAAUAGAAUGGAAUCGGACGAGGCUUCGGGUAAGGAUUCCGGAGUUGUGACGUCAAUUGAAGCGUUGAAGAAGGAACUGAUUGAAGCGAAUGAGCGGCGCGAAGCGGCGGUAAUUGAGGUUUCCGAGAUGAAAUCGUCGAUAUGUGACAUGAAAGAGAAGUUAGAGUAUUUGGAGAGUUAUUGCGAAGAGCUGAAGAAGGCGUUGAGUCAAACGGUGUUACAAGCAAAACGGAAUGGGAAUGGGAAUGGGAAAAUCGGAAUCGGAAUCAGUGAUUCCAUGCCGGUUAGUAAUGAAGUAAUGGUGGAAGGGUUUAUGCAAAUAGUAUCGGAAGCGAGAUUAUCGGUUAAACACUUUUGUAAAACUUUGGUUUCCCAUAUCGACGAAGGGGACACGGUUUUACUCGAUAACCUAAACUCAAUUCUUCAACCGUAUAAACAAUCGAUAAACUCGAAAUACUCGAAAUCCGUUUUAUACCAUUUGGAAGCGAUCAUAAACCAAUCGUUAUACCAAGACUUUGAAAACUGCGUGUUUCAGAAGAACGGAAUUCCAAAGCUUUUAGACCCGCAACAGGAACGGGAAUUGCAAUUCUCGUCGUUUUGCGCGCUUCGGAAUUUAAGUUGGAAUGAGGUUUUGAGAAAGGGGACGAAGUAUUACAGCGAGGAGUUUAGUAGAUUUUGUGAUUUGAAAAUGAGCGGAGUGAUAACAGCUUUGAAUUGGACUCGACCAUGGCCGGAAUUGUUGCUUCAGGCGUUUUUUGUGGCUGCUAAGUGUAUUUGGUUGUUGCAUUUGUUGGCGUUUUCGUUUAAUCCGGUUUUGGGGAUUUUGAGAGUGGAAGAGAAUCGAAGCUUUGAUGGUGUUUUCAUGGAGGAUGUGUUUGUUGAUAGACAAAGGGGGCAGAAUCAGACUCCGAGUAAAGUGAAGGUUAUGGUGAUGCCGGGGUUUUAUGUGCAAGAUAGGGUUUUGAGGUGUAAGGUAAUUUGCAGGUAUAAAACUUCAGGUUAAUUUGUUUAUUAUUUAUUUUUAUUUUAUUUUUUUGUCAUUGGGUGAUAUAAUGUAAUGUUGUGAGUGGUUGUGUUGUAACAAGAGCUGUUUGUGUUGUAUUUUAAUGAUGCUUGAUGCAAAUGUUGAUAAUUUUAAAAUGAGAGGCGUUGUUUUGUUGGAUUCAA